AUGAAAACCCAUCAAGAGAAAAGAGAGGCUUUGAGAAGAAUGUUUGAAGAAGAAGGGUUUGUGGUAGGAGAUGGGUUGAAGUAUGGAGUUGAUCUUCUAGUAUACACAGACAAACCAUCUCGAGUGCAUUCGAGGUAUGGAGUUCUGAUAGACCGGAGACACAGCUUCUUGGACAUUGUUGGGGCACAAAGAACAUGCACCUCUGUUAACAAGACGUUGGUGGUGGCGUUUUUUGAGGGAUGUAAUGUUCGGAUGGUGAGUGUUGAGAGGAUGGAGCUACGAGAGCAGAAAAAAGAAGGUUGUGGUGAGCCACAGGGCUUAAAAUGA